GCCGCCGCAUCUGGCUCUCCGCGCAUCCCAACAGACGUGCCCGCCUGCGUUAAGAAGGAGCCCUCCGUCAUGGGCGCGGCCUCGAACUCAGUCACAGCAGCUCGCGCAAGCUCACGAUGAGAACCGCCAACGAAUUGCCCCUCAUCAGCGGCCACUCGCACCCCAACCCCCUUGCCUCGCACGCUCCUACGCCGGAAGAUAUGGAGCGCGCGCCGUCCACGCCACCGGAUUCACACAAUCCCCAGGGUGCAACCUUUUCGCGCCCUAGUACGGCCUCGGCCGCCCAUACUGCCUCCCACCGUAACCUUCCGGAAAUGAACGGGGAUGCGCUGAACACAGCGCAGUCUGCGUCGACGGGACCGCGUAGGGGCCGGCCUGCGCUGUUGCGGGUGAGGAGUGACAUUGGACCCCGCCAUCCCGACCCUCCCUCUGAGAGCGCCGACGAGGCAAGCAGCGUUGACGGACACUUCAAGAUACGGCACGGUUGGGACGACCAGCUGAAUUCAGAGGAGUACAACCAUCUGUUGACCUCAUCUUUCUUUAUGUACUACACCGAGAAGAAGCACGAGACGGGCGGCAACCCUAGGAGCGAGGACAGUGCGUAUCCGUUGCAAGAAUGGCGCAUGCGCGAUCGCCUUAAGACGGUAUCCGCAGUGCUUGCGCUCUGUCUCAACAUCGGCGUCGAUCCUCCAGACGUAAUCAAAACGAACCCAUGCGCCAAGGAGGAGUGCUGGAUCGACCCUACCGUCACUUCUCAGACGCCGGGACAUACGCCGAUGAACCAGAUUGGGAAGGCGCUGCAGACGCAAUAUGAGCAGCUCAGCAUGCGCACGCGAUACAAAUUGCUGCUCGACCCCACAACCGAGGAGACGCGCAAGUACACCUCCACCCUUCGGCGCAAUGCUCGCAAUGAGCGGGUUUUAUUCCAUUACAAUGGCCACGGAGUGCCGAAGCCGACGUCUUCGGGCGAAAUUUGGGUCUUCAACCGGAACUAUACCCAGUACAUCCCGCUGUCUCUGUACGAUCUACAAAGCUGGAUCGGAGCUCCAAGCCUAUUCGUGUAUGAUUGCUCGGACGCAGGCUUGAUCAUCAGCAACUUCAACAGAUUUGCCGAAAAGCAUCAGGCCGAGUUCGAGGAGGCGCGUCGAAGAGAUCCUAACGUUGAAUACGUAGACUUCAACGACUGCAUCCACCUGGCUGCGUGUAGGGAGAAGGAGUCACUGCCUACCAACCCCGAUCUACCCGCCGACGUCUUCACCUCCUGUUUGACCGACCCCAUCACAAUGGCGGUCAGAUUCUUCAUCCUGCAGAACCCGCUGCCGAGCAACGUCACCCUUCGCGACGCCCACCAUAUCCCUGGCAAAGUCUCUGAGCGUAGGACGCCCAUUGGCGAGCUAAAUUGGAUAUUCACGGCCAUCACCGACACCAUUGCAUGGAACUCGCUAUCUAAGCCCCUAUUCAAGAAGCUAUUUCGACAAGAUCUAAUGGUUGCCGCUCUUUUCCGCAACUAUCUUUUGGCUCAGCGCAUCAUGAGAGUAUAUCACUGUCAUCCAGCCUCUCAUCCGGAAAUACCCCAAACCCACGAUCACCCACUGUGGCGGAGCUGGGAUCUCGCUGUGGAGUUGAUCCUCGCCCAGCUACCAGACCUGCAAGCCGAGGCGCGCGGAGACAAAGAAUAUUCCUACAAGCAUUCCGAAUUCUUCUCCGAGCAACUUACUGCUUUUGAGGUGUACCUCUCCCAGGGCGCUGUGGAGCAGAAGAUACCCGAACAACUCCCCAUCGUACUUCAAGUGCUUCUCAGUCAGGUACAUCGCCUUCGCGCGCUCAUUCUUCUGUCAAGCUUCUUAGACCACGGACCCUGGGCUGUCAAUCUGGCCCUCAGCAUCGGCAUAUUUCCUUACGUUCUCAAACUCCUACAGUCCCAGGCCAAUGAGCUCAAACCUGUCAUGGUUUUCAUCUGGGCUCGUAUUCUCGCAGUCGAUCAGUCUUGCCAAGCCGAUCUUCUCAAAGACAAUGGCUACCAAUACUUCAUCAACAUCUUCAACCCGAAUUCAGGCAUUCCGAUUCAGAAUGCGAGUGAACAUCGAGCGAUGUGUGCAUUUAUUAUCGCCAUGUUCUGCAAGGACUACAACCAGGGCCAACGUGCCUCUUUGAGCCCAGAGUUAGUGGAGAGCUGCCUAGAUCACCUCAAGGACAUGCCGAAUCCUCUCUUAAGGCAGUGGUCUUGCCUCUGUCUAAGUAAGCUCUGGGUCAAUUAUGAAGAAGCUAAGUGGGUGGGCAUCCGAUGCAUGGCCCACGAACGGCUAUGCGAGCUAGUUUUUGACCCAGUGGCUGAGGUUAGGGCGGCAAUGCUUCAUGCACUGACCGCCUUCCUGGGCAUUCGAGAUGUGACCGCGCAGGUGGCCACUAUCGAGGAGUCCAUCGCCUCCAUGGUCCUCGUUAUGACCACUGACGGAAAUAGCAUUGUUCGAAGAGAGCUGCUCAUCUUCUUCUCCACCUUCAUCUUACGAUACAAAACGAAAAUCCUCGUCGCCGCUUUCGAACAGCUGUCCGAAGAAGCAAGCAAUGAGCAUGCCGGUAAGAUGGACGAGAGGAAUGGUGAUGGCCUCUAUAUGAAGAUGCGGGCAGCGACAGCGACGAACUCCAUCAUUGCGAACUCUUGUUCCCAGAACACCAUCUACGCCGCCAUCUGGAAAGAAAUGCUGGUCAUGUCCGUGGAUCCUCAUCCUGAAAUUGCUAGGGAUGCCGGCAUCGUCGUUGACUACAUCCUCCUCGCACUUUUGCAGUCUUCAUUGGCGAAAUUCGUCCAACCUCAAUUCGAUGAGAUCAUUAGAAAGAAUCCUGUACACCGGACGCAGCGCCGGAUAUACGAAGAAAGGCCUGUUCAACAGACGUCUACUCCACCCACGCCUUCUAAAGAAGCGAGCUAUCUUUCGCUCUUCGGUGGACUGCGUAGGACAGGCAGUGUCGCGGCAUCGCUUAAGAACUUAUGGGGCGCCCACGAUCCUUCAACCUCUCCGCAGAAGAGCCCAGGACGUAUCAAGACCCCCGAUUCUUUCGUGCAGCCCUUGCCUUCACGUCCCGCUACCCCAGAGAAAUACCACGUCGAAGAACAGCCAAAGACCAGAGGUUUCACGCCGCGAAGCCUCGCCAUAGAACCCGAACUCCCACUCAAGAGCAGAUUUUUUGACUGGUCGGUGGAGUAUUUUCGUGAGCCUCAAAUGAAGCCGACCGAGGCUGAUGAGCCAGGCAGCACAGACUACAAUGGCCGGCUUUGGAGACGAAACCGCAACGAUAAGAUCAUCGCGGAAACCCAGCCAUUGAAAGAGGUGGCUGUGUCGCAUCGCUGGGACCAUCAGUACGCCCUUUUCGACAACCUCAGCCAGCCAAUGAAGAUGACCUUUCACCAAUUCGAGGACCAUCUAGUCGUGACUGAUAACCGGGACACCAUCAACGUGAUCGAGUACUCAGGGGGCCCAACUCGGAGGCUCAACUGCUUUUCGAAUGGCAAUCCUACGGACUCCAAGAUCACAGAGGCUCGGUUCAUCAAUGAGGAUGAUCAGGCUCUUUUGAUGACCGGAUCUUCCGAUGGAGUGAUAAAGAUAUUCCGCAACUACGAUACGAGAGGAAAGACUGAAAUGGUUACCGCUUUCCGUGCGUUGACGGACCUGGUGCCGAGUAACAAGAAUGCCGGACUGGUCUUUGACUGGCAGCAAGGCAGGGGUUUAAUAUUGGUUGCCGGCGACGUUAAGGUGAUACGUGUAUGGAAUGCUGGUACAGAGAUCUGCACAAGUGACAUACCCGCGAGAUCUGGUUCCUGCAUCACCUCCCUAACGUCGGACCAAGUGGAAGGCGACGUCUUCACUGCAGGCUUCGGCGACGGCGCCGUUCGCGUUUACGAUCAACGUCAAAAGCCAGCCACGGCGAUGGUCAAAGUCUGGAAAGAGCAUAAGCAGUGGAUUACCAACGUGCACUUGCAGCGCGGCGGCCAACGUGAGCUCGUAAGCGGUUGCCGAGAUGGUGAGGUCAAGCUGUGGGAUAUCCGCAUGGACAAGAGCGUAAAGACCAUCAAGGCUACGACGGAUAACUUGAAGACGCUGAGUGUUCAUGAACAUGCUCCUGUCUUCGCUGUUGGGACCCAACGACAUCAGAUCAAGCUCUUCAACAUCAACAACGGCCAACCGGUGUCUCAGUGGGAGCCCUACUCGGGAUUCCUCCGCGAUCGCUCGCAGCCCGUUACAGCCACCGCCUUCCAUCCUCAUCGGCUGCUACUUGCCGCUUCGGCUCUUCACACAAACUUUGUAAGCGUGAACUCUUGCAAUGAGCUGAAGCAUUCGGCGGCUAUGAAGACGGUCAAGAUCUGGGAUGGUAACCCCUAAUCCAAGCACGCUCUCCCUCCCACAUUAUGCGGACAUAUUGGCAUGGAUACAAGCUGGCUUUUGGACAUUUGCUUUGGCGGAACUUUAUUGCAGCAUUAGCUAGCGGCGUUUUGUUUGUUUUUCGAUACGAAAGGACGGUCUUUUUUUCGGUUUGCUGGCAUAGCGAGCUUGGGAGCUUAGGCAUGGCUGGGGUUCUAUGGGGUUAUCUGCCGGGGCUAGGUAAGUCCAGCAGUAGUUUCGGUCAGGGAUAAUAACUACUAUAAUACUUUGGAGUAGUGCAUAAUUAAUUAGAGACUUAAUAGCAAGAGCGAGUUAUAUUAGUAAUAAGG